AUGGAUAAUGUAUUAAAGUUAUUUAGCAAUUCGCUUAUAGGAAUUUUAACUAAUGAUUCCAAAUACUCACUCUCUACGUUAUACUUUAUUAGAGAAAAACGAUUUGAUAUAAAUACAAUUCUAGACACUCAACUCCCUAAUAAUUUUUGA